UUCUGCAGCUGAUGAAGCAAACCUCAUUAGGAAGAAAACCUUCCUCCUCCCCUGCUCUGCAGCCAGUACUGUUCUCAGUGCCCACAUGACAUAGAAUACCAGGAAGUGCUACUGCGCCAGCAUCCCUGCCUGGAAGGAGACACACCAGACCCACUAGCAAGGGCUAGAAAGGGAUCCGCUGGGGUUGCAGAGGAGACACAAAAUAGAUGGAGACACUCCUUGCUCCAGCCUGGGAAGGAUUUUCUCCUAGCAUCCAGGGGAGGGGAGGGGAUUGGAUCAGGGUAGUAGGGAGCGAGCCCUUAAUGUUGCUCUGUGAUGGCUCACCUUGGAUUAGCAAUGAUUUCUGAUCUAAGGCUUAAGAAUUUCCCUUGGCCUGUUAUGGAAAAGCUACGGUGCUGCUGUUUGGCAUUUGACUGUCAGGUGUUUUGUCUUUAUUUAUGGUGCUGAUGGGGCUUUGCAAUCACCCAGAAGCCCUGCUGGCUAGCUACAAAAGCUGUGUCUGAGUUUAGAAAGCAAGCAAGCAAAGACUGUAUUCUGUUACCCCUCCAGUCUGCAAGGGCCGCAUGAAGGAGCUGGAUUUCUCAGAUUCAGAGUCGCUUGUAAAUACUUGUUUCGUUUUUUUGCAACAUCUUGAAGUGUUCUUGGUAUCUUUUUUCCCCUGCUGCUAAACAGCUUGGGUGUGCAGGAAUUUUUACAUUAACCUGCAGGUAAGAAUGGCACUCACUUGCAAGAUUCAAAGAAUCAAGCAGGACUGUAUGGCCGUGCUUUGAGCUAAUUGGAUGUUGAUGUUUGUGGGGAGUGGGCUAAUUGUUUGUUCAGUCUGAGGCACAAGGAACUGAAUGCUGCCCUGGGGACUCCCACCAGCCAUUUUGCCAGCAGGGUAAGGAAUGGGAAGGAGUGGAGAGAUUAUUGCAAAGGUUUAGGAGGUAAACUGGAUCAUGUUCAGCCGGUUGGGAUAUCAAGCUCUUCCACUGGGGGACUUUGACCAUUUCCAGCAAUCCAGCAUUGGAUUCUAUGGAUCUCAGAAGAGCUUAUUUUCCUUUGGGCAUGUGCAAGACCCAUGGGGCCAGAUCCCGCAUACGAAAGGUUCCUCCCAGGGCUGGUUGUCUUGGAUUUGCCAUGGGAUUGUAACGUCUUUGGCCUUCCUGAUGAUGGUCAUCACCUUCCCCAUCUCCGCAUGGUUUGUCUUGAAAAUAGUCCCUGCUUACGAGCGAAUGAUUGUAUUCUGCUUGGGCCGGAUCCGAGCCCCCCAGGGGCCAGGCAUGAUCCUGCUGUUGCCGUUCAUAGAUCACUGGCAACGAGUAGACUUGAGGACAAGAGCCUUUAAUGUGCCACCAGGUAAGCUGACCACCAAGGAUGGAGCCAUGAUUUCCAUGGGGGCUGAUAUCCAGUUCCGGGUGUGGGAUCCUGUGCUGUCUGUCAUGAUGGUGAAGGAUCUGAAUGCAGCCACCCGAAUGAUGGCCCAAAAUGCCAUGAACACGACCCUGCUGAAGAAGAACCUGAGGGAGAUCCAGACGGAGAAGCUGCAGUUUGGGGACCAGCUCCUGCUUGAAAUCAACGACAUGACCAAGUCCUGGGGCCUGGAAGUGGAUCAGGUUGAGCUGAUUUUAGAGGCAGUGCUGCAACCCUCCCAAGAGAGUCUGUCUGCACCUCUGACCAUGACACCUCCGAUCCUUGGGUUUGAAGGGCUACAUAACACCAUUCAGCAGCUGGCUACUCACUUCUUUAGCAACAGCGUGGCAAUGGCAGCAGCAGCUAGUCCUGAGACAGGUAACCAGCCUGACAGCGUGGUGACAGUGAAUGAGGGAGAACAACCAGCUCCUACCAUCACCACCACCAGUAGCAGCAGCAGCAGGAAGAAACCUAGCCCUGAGGAGUUGCUGUCAGCUCUGGAGCUGUUCUUGUCUGAGUUCUUGGUUGGCUCAGUCAGAGCUUCCUACCAGCUCAACAUCAUACUUCCGAGUGGUGCGCGGAGAACCUACUUCAUAGAUCUCACUGCAGGUCGUGGGCGAAUUGGCCAUGGGAACCCUGAGUGCAACCCUGAUGUGAUUCUGGAGAUGACAGAAAAUGACCUGCAGGCUUUCUUCUCAGGUGAACUUCACCCUCUGAGUGCCUACAUGAGCGGGAGGUUGCGUGUCAAGGGUGACCUGAGCGUUGCCCUGAAACUAGAGGAGCUCUUCAAGGCAAUGAAACAACGUAGAUAGAGAGAGAAUGUGUGUGUGCAUGCGCACAUGCAUGUGUGCGUGUGUGAGAAAGCAGGAGAAUUGAAGAGUCUGGCAGGAGAACCAUCUAAUUGUGAAGGGAGUGAGGACUCAAGCUUUUCUAUUCUCUGUUUCAUGCACUGGGGAUAUUGAUCAUUGCACAGAGGAGAAAGAAGACAAAUCCCCUCUGUGACGGGAUCCCUGGGGUGCAGCCUGGGACUGUGGGACCGCUGUACCCCCUUAACUCUCCAGCCUGGUGUGUCUCUCACAAUGCUUUGCUAAUGACAA